CAGACUCAGCUGUUGCCGUUUUCACCUGUGCCGUGCGAUGUGAAAAUUCAGUAAAAUAUAUCUUCAACAAUUGCCUAACAAGACGAGGCUGCUACGUCUCGCUAUCUAUACUCCUAUAUUCUCUGGCCGAUGCUGAGGCCAAUUCUUCAAUAGCGUUUCCCCUUCACGGUACGGUCUGGGCAGUGGCGUGGCCAGGGCAGCAGCCAUAGUCGUCGGCAGACUUUAAACUUGUAAACAAAUCUCUCGCUGAAGGAAAAUCAGUGCUCAGACUUAUUAACAAAUGCUUCCGCUUAGCUGAGUUGCCAAAUAAUGGACAAUAAGAAGGAUAUCUACAACUUGUGGGUGCAGUACACAACAAAGAACGAUGAGAGAUACUUCCGGGAAUUUGUGGCCCGCUUUGUGGCCAUUUGGCGCAGCCAACUGCAACUGGACUUUCAGGCCGAGAAUUGUCCAUUUUGGCAUGAGGUUCUGUCGGACAGUGGACCGCAUUUGGGUCGAUUGCCAGACGAGCUGCUGCCUGCUAUUGGCAAGUUCAUUAUUGUGGCCCGCGAUGCCAGCGACACGAGCGAGCGGCUGGAGGAGGAAGCCAUUGAACAGGUUGCCACACUCAUUGACUGCCUGGUGAUUGUGUGCCGGCACUUUGACAACAUUCUGGCCAUCAUCACGUACGAGUACAAGCCGAACCUCAUCGCAAUACUCUCCAAAGUGUUCAAGCAGCAAAUGGAGCAGCCGCAUGCGGUGCCAGCCAUAUGUCAUCUCUUCCGCAGCUUCUCGGCCUUUCUGGAGGUCAUGUACGAUCCGUAUCUGACGUGGCGGAGCUUUGUGCGUGGCCAGGCGGCCGACUACACUCGCCUCUCCUACAAGCCCCAUUCGGUGCAUGUGGAAAUUGUGCCCUUUAUCUAUGACUGUUUCCAGGAAGAGGAGCUUGUCCGACACCCAGACAUAGGGGAGAGUCUACUAAACAUAUUGGGCGCUGUGAUAUGCGGCUCACAGAAAACUCUAAACUUGAACUCGAUCUCAACCUCGAACUCAACCUCGACUCUGACAAAUAGAAAUACUAACGCUCUAACAACACCUUCUUCACUUGCCCCCUGCUCGGGUGAUGGGCUGCUUGUAAACUGUGAUAACUUGCGCAAUGGCAUGAAAGCCAUUUGCCCGGCCACAGUCUCCAUCACCAUGGGCAUACUGCGGCAGUGGGAGAGCGGCAACAGCUUGCGUCGUGUGGCACUCAAUUGUUAUGCUUUAAUGGUAAUUGUUUUGCAAAAAUCUAGUCCGGAAGAACGCCAAAUAGAUCUAGUUACGUUAGUUCAACUCUAUUGUGAUGCUCUGCAAGAGCUGCUGGCCACCAAGCACUUUGACAGCGGCGAUAUUAACUUUGAUAUAGCCAGCGAUGCCGAUCAGGAUGUGGCCAUCGAUAUGGCCGCCCUCUCCGAGACUGUGGCAGCCGUGAAACUAUUUCUGAACGGCGGUGAGGACAUCAGUGAGGCGAUUGGCGAGACAAAUCUACUGGAACUGCUCACCAAUCUGCCAAAGAGCAUUAUGCCCUGGCAUAUCGCUCACUCGAAUUCAUUGUGCAGCACCAUGGAGGCUUUGGCCACGCUGACACGACACUCCCUGCCAUCCGCCAAUCAGCUGCGGCAAGCAGAGCGCAUCGAGAAGCUUUUCGGCAGCUUGCGGGAGUUCGAUACGGGCCCUUCUGUGGCCCUACUGGAGACCUGCUUCAUGCUGGGCUACAACGAGAGCGAUCACCUGCUUUUGCUGCCAGAAGUGAUGCUGCAGCUGCUCCACUGGCUGCCCACACUCCAAGAGCGGGAACAGUUGCAUGUCACCAAUUUGGUGCUCAAAGGCUGCACCGAUAACUACGGCACCAAAUCUGUGGCCUGUGACAGUCGCGUCAUCAAGGCUGUGUGCGGCUGUCUGUUGCAAUCGGAUUCCCUGGCCGAGAACUGUGUUCAAAAUCUGAUCAAACUGAUUGAGGAGCUGAGCAAGAUCAGCAUUGUGCCCGGGGAGUUAAAGUGCAUCUUCACACUGCUGCGGGAGGGGACAAAGUUUUCACAAAGCAGACAGCUUCAGCAGACACUCGUUGUGAUUGCGCUGCAGAGUCUGCGGAACAGCAACUCCUGUGCCCAGUACUUUGCCAUUGAGCAGCCAUCGGAUGGGAUCGUGGUGCCAGACAUUAGAAAUUGGACCAUCUCUGGCUCCUAUGGCUUCAUCUUUCACAUUCUGGUGCGCUUCAGCCAGGCCAAAGACCAGUCGGCGGGUGGGAGUUAUCGUCGAAUGCUGCUCACCCUGCAGACGUGCAGCGGCAGUGGCUUUGAGGUGUUUGUCCAGCCGAAUGGAAAUGUUGUGGUGGCUGCUUUGACCAGACGGGAGUACCUCACCUCGUCAACGGCCACCAAGACGCUGAUGGAUGGACAGUGGCACUACCUUACCGUGGCCAUAACGCCGCCCAAGCGACCCUUCUCCUACAGUCAGAUAAACAUCUAUGUGGACUUUGUCCAGAAGCUGAGUGCCACGCUCAAGGUGCAGGCCGUUAAUGAGCCUUUCACUGUGUGCUCCAUUGGUGCCGUGGUGGCGCCGCCUCAGCCUGGGGAAAUGGUCAAAACAGGCAACAUGCCUAGGUCUUCCUCUCAGGAGAGUGGCUCCAGCGGUUACAAGAGCAUGCUGCCCAGUCUACUCGAGCGCACGCUCUCGGCAAAUGUUUCCAAUUACUUUACGCUCCCCACGAUGCGCACACAAACGGCCUUUGAUCCGAAUGUAAAGAACUUUCCCAUCGGAAUGCAGGACACGGUGUUCGGGGAGCCGACCUGCCUGCAGGGGCAUCUCGGUGGAGUGCUGCUGGCCGAUCCGACCACCAGUCUGAGGACCAUCUUCGAUGCGGGCAUGAAUUUCAGUUCGAUUUUCUCGCAGGACAACGAUCUGCUAGAGUUAAACUCGCGCUUUGUGUUCUGCUAUGCACCUGCUGCCGUGUGGCAUGGUAGCUGCCAGGAUCUAAUUCCGGGCGGCAAAUAUCCAGGCAGGAUUAGCGCCCAACACUGCAAGAUUGUAAAGAUUCAGGAGACGAUCAACAGCAUCGGAGGCAUCAGUGCUAUUCUGCCCAUUCUGCAUCGGCUGGUGAGCACGGAUCAGGCAGCGGAUGUCUCUAUAGCCAACAGCGAGGAGGAAUCGCUGUCGUCGCCCACACCCACAGCCGAGGAACUGGGAACGGACUGGGAGAUGCUCUCGUCGAACUCCUACACGGAGUGGAAGAUGAUCCAGCAUCCGUUGGCGAGCUUCCUCUGCCUGCUGCGCUACCUCACGCACGAGCAUGAGACGAACCAGGAGCAGCUGCUGGCCAGCGAGUGCCUGGCCAUAAUUGGAACCAUGCUGCAGCGGUGUCCGCCCGCUCUGUUCGACGUCAACGCCCUCAUGGCCACACACCUGCUCAUGGAGUCGCUGCAGGGCCACAAAUCAGGCACCGAUGCUGGGGGACAGCUCCUGGACAGCCUCUACGCUCACAUUGUCUUUGAUUUUGGCAUCUGGUCGCGGCUGCAGUUCCAGAUUACGCUCGGCCAUGCGCAGUACCUCAGUGCCAUGAUCAAGAACGAUCGCAAAUUCUAUCGCCGGCAUUAUGGCGUCCAGUUUGUGCUGGAUGUGGUGAGGCAGUACUACUCGACGCCGGACAACAUCAGCAACGACGAUGCCAAGACCAUACGCGCCACACUCUUCGGCAUCGUGCGGUUCUAUCUGCAGAAGGAAGUGAACAUCAAGGAGGUGAAUGCCAUGGUCACAUUCCUGGCUUCGGUGCGGCAGGAUGUGGUGCUGGUCGAGUUCCUCGAAAUGCUCACCUUGUAUAUGCGCGGCAAGAACUGUCGCGAUCAGAUGGUGCUGCUCCUCCACGAGCCACAGUCGGCCAAUCUCAUCUACAACUUUUUCGUGGACAAGAGCUACACGAAUGAGAUUCAAGAGGCAGCGAUACGGUUUAUCAGCGGUCUCUUGGCCACUUCGCGGGUGCAUCAGAAGUACAAGCAGGUGCUGCGUUUGUACGAUCAAAGCACCGAGCAGAGCAUGUUCCCUGGUUUCUUCUCCUUCAUCACGCCCAUGUCACUGAGCUCCACGAUACUCUUCCAUCUGGCAGACGAAAUGCUGGGCCUGCAGCCGGACUAUGCCGGUCUCAUCUUCCUCGUGUAUCAUGUGAGCAGCUGCGAGCUGCCCGUGAAGCUGGAAAUAGCCAAGCGGCUGCUGCAGACCACCUUUGUUAAGCCCAAUGCCACGGCGGCUAUGGCCAGGCAGACGGGCUGGCAGGAGUCGAUUGCCCGACUGCUCAUACGCAAGCCACUCACCAGCUCCGCGCCAGAUGAGGAGAAACGUCGCAGCUUUGGCAUCAACAUGGAUGUGCUGCUCGAGGACAACUCGAGCUUUCUGGCCCAGGCCGAUCUAAUUACGUUCUCCGAGCAGGAGAUCGGACUGGCGCAGGUGCAGAGUCAGCAGCAGCAGGAGGAGCAGAGUGACAGUGGGUUGAUCCUGAACGAGAUACAGGCCAGCGUCUCCGAGGCGGCAACCGUGAUCGAGAGUGAAAUCAAGGAGCUUGCGGAGUCCGUGUCCGGGGCUGUGGUGGAGAAUGUUAACAGCGUAUUCUCCGUCAUACGACAGACCACACAUGACCUGCAGGACACCUUCGAAUCGCUGACACUAGGCAACACCACGGAUGCCACAGAUGGCUCGCAGACACCCGCCACUCAGCGUGAAGAAUCUCUGAGCUCCGACAGUUCCACACCCUCGCCGCAUGGUCCGCCCAAGAAGAGUGACUCUCUGGAGAGCACUUCGGCGUUUGACUUUGUGGCCGAUGGGGAUGUUGACACGGAGGAGCAGUUGGUUUAUCUUGUCUCCAAUACGCUGUUCAACAUCUUCUGGCGCGGCAUAGCCAACGAUCAUCCGCAUUGCUGGCAGGAGCGUGGCCAGGUUCUCGGGUGCAUCAAUCUGCUGGCCCUGAACAAUGAGCUGAUCACCUCGCACCUCUCGCUGCGCCUGCGCAUCCUCGAGAUGGCAGUCCAGGCAUCGCUUUUUGACCUAUCCGAGCAUGGCAGUCAAACGCUGAUUAAUCAGGAGAAUGCCUCGCACAUCCUGCGCAUGGUCUACGAGCUGGUGGUGCUCGGCUCCAACGAGGACGAGUCCAAGAAGUGCUCCACCAAGCUGCUGGACGGCGUGCUGGCCUUACUGGAUGCUUUGAUGAUCUUCCAGCAGGGCUCCUCUGACGAUUGGUCCGACAUGAUUCGCUUGUGUCUGGGCUUGCUGCUGAAAUGUUCGCAUCAUCCGAAUCCGGGCAUUGUAGCUAUGGCCACUGCCAAACUUCAUGCAAUACUUCAAAGUCGUUCCACAGAGGAUCCCGCUGAGCUAUCGUAUCUGCUCUACAGCAUCAAUAGGGCGCUGGAUAAUGCCAUUGAAGUGGGAAAUCCUGAGGAGUAUUCAUUCCUAAUGCCUGUGAUGAAAGCCUUGCUGGAAAAGUGUCGCUCGGCCUUCAAUUUGGACUCCACACUACCAGAUCUGCCCUCGACCUCGUCGGGACCCGUUUUCUUCAAUGACUUUCAAAUGUACAGCACCAGCAAAAAGUGGCGAAACUUUAUUGAACGAAUGGUAAAACCGCUUUACGAUCGCUACCAGCGCGACAUCGAGCUGCAUCUGUGGGAGCCCAUCAAUCGCUUCUGGGCAGAGUGCUACGAGGCCUGCAAGGCCGCAUCCAAGCAGCGUGCCACCUACCAGACAGACAACCGACGGCUCUUCCAGCAAAAGAUCUACAUGCCGUGGAAGGUGCGGCAGGUGGAGGAAAUGCAGCGCCUACAGGCAGCGGCCCUGCACCACAAAACGCUCGACAGCCACAUACGGAAGCGAUGGAAGAGGGCCAAGCGUUUCUUGUACGGCCCACGAGGCCCCUGGUAUACCGGGGACUGGGGCGAGGAGUUCUGGAAGCUUUCGCCUCAUGAGAAUGUGGCCCGCAUGCGCCUGAAGCUGGAGCCGCAGCUGUAUCCCAACAAGCACGAGAAUGCUGCCAAUCUGAGGGACAAUGCCACCAGUGCCUACGACACCAAGGAAAUAUCAGAGUUCGAUUCGACCAUCAAGAAUGCGGUGGUGCGCGACUUUCUGGCCGACGAUGAGAGCUCCCAGCUGGAGGAGGAGUUGCGGCAGCUGAUCGACACACAAUCGCAGCAGGAUGUGGCACUGGAGAAGCUGGUCAUGUCGCAGGACUGCGAGCUGAUCACCCUGAUGACCAAGGUCAAGGGGCGUAUUGAGGUCAACCAGAGCGUGUUUACCUUCGUGGACAUGAGCCCACCCACUGAGGAUGGGUCCAAGCACGACUUUAGAUUCACCACCAACAAAAUACGCGAGGUUCAUCUUCGGAAAUACAAUCUGCGUAGGAGCGCGCUGGAGAUCUUCCUGGUAGAUCAGACCAGCUACUUUCUCAACUUUACCACCAAGACUCGCAACAAAGUCUUCACCAAAAUUGUGGGUUUGCCGCUGCCGAAUAUACUGUACGGCUCGGGUCGCUCGCCAGCGGAGCUGCUGCGUGCCUCGGGCCUCACCCAGCGUUGGAUCAAUAGGGAGAUAUCCAAUUUUGAAUACCUGAUGUACCUAAACACCAUCGCUGGCCGCUCGUACAACGAUCUGAGCCAGUAUCCCGUCUUCCCCUGGAUCCUCGCCGACUACUCGAGUGAUGUGCUGGAUCUGACGGAUCCUAAAUCAUUCCGUGACUUGUCCAAACCCAUUGGAUGUAUUAACCCUAAGAACGAGGCUGAGGUGCGCAGUAAAUACGAUUCCUUCGAAGACCCAUCGGGUGCCAUACCAAAGUUCCACUAUGGAACACACUACUCCAACUCGGCGGGAGUUCUACACUAUCUUCUCAGAGUAGAGCCCUUCACCUCGCUGCACAUUGAGCUGCAGAGCGGGCGCUUCGAUGUGGCCGAUCGACAAUUCCAUUCGAUACCGCAGACAUGGAAGCUGCUGAUGGACAAUCCAAACGAUGUCAAGGAGCUAAUACCCGAGUUCUUUUACUUUCCCGAGUUCCUCAAGAACAUGAACAAAUUCGAUUUGGGACACUUGCAAAUAACCAAAGAAAAGGUGGACGAUGUCAUACUGCCUGCUUGGGCGACCACCCCUGAGGAAUUUAUUGCCAUACACAGGCGGGCGCUAGAGUCCGAGUAUGUCAGCCAGCAUCUGCAUCAUUGGAUCGAUCUGAUCUUUGGCUAUAAACAGAAGGGGCCCAAGGCAGCGGAGGCACUGAAUGUAUUCUAUUAUUGCUCCUACGAGGGUGCAGUCGAUCUGGACAAGAUCACCAACCAGGUGGAACGAGAGGCCGUUGAGGGAAUGAUCAACAACUUUGGCCAGGUGCCAUCACAGCUGCUACGGGAGCCCCAUCCACGUCGCCUUACCCAGGAUGAGACAGCGCUGAAACUGGUGCGCGCUGAGCUGCGGCGGCCGGAUCUUACGCAGUUCCUGGACAAAGUGGUGCAGUACUAUUGUGAGCUGUCCACGCCCAAGGAUCCCAUUGUGUAUCUCAGCUCGCCACGGAGUCCGCCGCGCUCCUUUUUGCAGCUGAGUCCCGACGUGCUGGUCAGUGUGUCCAAGUCCACGAUUUUAGGCUGCAAUUCGUGGCUGUCCUACGACAAGGAGCAGGGAUUCCUGCUGGAAAUCGAUGCCACCACAACCAACCUGAAGAAUCGCAAGCGAGUCUUUGGGCCCUUCCACUCCUCACAGCCACCGCACUCGCAGCUCUUCGCCGUGAGUACCGAUGGCAAGCUGCUCUACGCGGGCGGCAUUUGGGACAACGCCCUUCGGGUGUACAAUCUGAACAAGGGCAAGACGGUGGCCUCGGUCACCCGCCAUUUGGACAUUAUCACCUGCAUAGCGUUGGACAAUUGUGGGUCCUACCUGGUCACCGGCUCACGCGACUGCACUUCCAUUGUGUGGAGCAUCCAGCAGUCGAAUCAGCAGGGUCCCAGUGGCGGUGGGCAGCCGAGUAACAUUCCGGUGCAUACCCUGACUGGGCAGUCCCAUUUGCAAGCUAUCACGCAGGUGAAUACACAGAACAGCUACUCCCCCAAGCCGCUCACCGUGCUCUAUGGCCACGACGAUGCCAUCUCCAGUGUGGCCAUCUAUACUGAGCUGGAUCUCGUGGUCUCUGGUUCGCUGGAUGGCACUGUCAAUGUGUAUACACUACAGGAGGGGCAGUUUGUUAGAACAUUGAAGCCCAUCGGAUGCACAGAGUCGUGUGUGCAAAUCUCAUUUGUAACGCUAUCAUAUCACGGCCACAUUGCCUUCAGCGCCCUGGACGACACCUCGCACUCGGUGCAUGUGUACAGCAUCAAUGGAUCCAGCCUUGGAUCGAAGUAUGUCUCCGGCAGGGUUACGGGACUGGCCUGUGCCUCCGAUUACCUGGUGGUGGCCGACGAUGCUGGGGACAUAACUAUGAGCAGAUUGCAUGGAUUGAAGCCCGUGUUUGACAUUCCACUGCAUGUACCCAUCCAAACGGUGGUGGUGACACCGGGCAACACCCACAUCCUGGCACCGCUACGCGAUGGCCGCCUGGCCGUCAUAGCGGUACAGCUACCAGCCGGCGGCAACAAAAAGCAUUCCGUGCUCAACGUUUAACGUACAACGGAGGAGAAGGAGGAGGAAGAGCACCCCCCAAACGAUUUGGGGAUUUCCAUAAUUUUGCUCUUAACUUAGAUUAAUUUGUCGCCGUCUUCUUUUUGUGACUUUGCUGUUUUCCCGACUCCACUUUGAUUUGAACUAAUCCUAGGCUUAAUAAGUGUAUCGUACGUAUUGUGUAUUGUGAUUUGGUAGUUGUCUGAAUUUGUUUGCUGUUUCCUACGUGAUGUGCCAAAAACACACUGAUAGCUGAUAACUGACAUAUGUGUCGGAAGAAAUUCCACAUAAGUUGACUAAAGUUAGGCACGAGUAAUCGAUCGAUUGCAUUCCCGGAAUUCCCAUUGACACACGCGUUUCUUUUACCAAAUUUUCUUAUCCACUUGUAUUUCUGUGUGUUGGCAUACACCUGUCCAUCGAUUGAGAGACGUGCCUUGUGCCGGCUAAAUCCUGGGAGCCAAUAGGGCCCCGUGAUCGAUGGCACACUCUUCAGUUAGCGUUGACGAAAAUCUGAAUAAAUCAUCAAUCAUUCGGCUAGCCCCUCCUGCUGCUGAUGGCUGCUGCUGGCUGCUUCAGCCAUGACUGUCGCGGGCCGGGCCAGGCACGGCGAGAUCUGAAUGUGGACGAAGAUGAAGAUGGAGACGGAUCUGAAGGGAGCUGGCGAGCGAAACUGGUUGUCGGCAAAGGCGACGGCGCACUUGGCAAACUACUCACUGACUCACGAGCGACUUUCAAAUUGGCCCAAACACAAUAAAU